CACAUUUCAUUAGGUUUCUAGUUGCCACACGAGUUAGAUCAAAAAAAAUCACAAAAUUUUAGUCAACUCCACACGAUUCCUAAAUUAUUUUAGAAAUAUUUUAAAGUGAAAACGAUGCAGCCCCAAAGAGAUUUGUGCAAGUGUUUCAUAAACAUGUCUCGUUGCAUGCAACAAGCUUGUUUCUACAGCACUAGACGUCAAUUGCUUCUCAGAAAUAUUCGGAAGCCGAUUGCCUCCGAGAAAGUGGCGGUGAGAACUGAUGAAGUCAGUAGGCGUGGCAUUCAACCGGGGGAACGCCUUCCAUCGGCAGUUAGUAUCGUGAGCAGGACCUUUUCAGAGCAGCACAAAUCAGCUAAGAAUGAAGUAAAUACGGCAUUCGCUCGAUAUGAACAAUCAAUGACCGAUUUGGCCGCUAGUGCCCGCAAGAUGUAUAAGAAUGCGCGAUUGAGGAACGGCGCUGAUCAAUUGAGCGAUUUAAAAAAAUUCGUUCCCUUCGAAUUGAGACCUUAUAAAUCCCAGGAAAAAGUCGCUUGUCCUAUAACCGAACGGCUUAACAAGUUGUUCUUUUGCGAACCUUCGGAUUAAUAAGAGGUCAAACUUGAAGCGCUUUCAAAUCGGUUUUGGAUAUCUUGUCGAUGCUUUUGUGGCAAAGAAAACGAACUUUUUUUUAAACUUUGUAGCGUUUUUAAUAUGCCAUAGUAAUUUGUAUAUAUAAAAA